UCCGCCGGGUGGGUGCUGCAGUCUGAGCUGGCCACACGAGAAAAAGCCCCCGAGCACGAGAAGGAUAUGGCGCCAGGAGAUGAAAAUCCUAUGGAGACGCUCAGUGGCGACGCGUUUGUGGGGUACAACGAGUGGGCGGCCGAGACGCUCAAGGUGCGGAUUGCCACAGAUUUCGUCUACGAGACUCAGGACGGUGCGUGUGCUUCCGAACGCGGCGUAUUUAUCGCCGAGGAUGUGACGCCACACACCGAGGUGUUCAGUAUCCCGUUAGACUCGGUACUGUCCGUCAAGAGUCUGCAGGAUAUCUCUGCGUUGCAGAGCAUCACCUUCUUCCAGCAACUCACACCCGAGCGUGAGGAUGAUCAGCUGGCCAUCGCGUUACUCUACGAGAAAUAUAUGCAAGGCGACAAGUCCAAAUGGGCCAAACACAUCGAAUUGCUGCCCAAAACGUACCAUAAUGCGCUGUACUUCGAAGCGGGAGAGAUCAAGGCGCUGGAAGGCAGCAACUUGUUCUUCAUCGCUCAACAAAUGGAGGAAAAAGUGGCAUCCGAUUAUGCCGUAUUGAAAGAAUCUGUGCUCUUUGAACUCUUUGAGAACAUCACAGAGGGGAUCACCGUCGACUUAUUCGACGAAAUCUUCUCCUUGGACAACUACAAGUGGGCGUUGUCGACGAUCUGGAGUCGCUUCGUUCUACCGGUAGCUAAGCAGUCGUUCAAGGCCAUGGUGCCGGUGUUUGACAUGCUCAACCACGACCCUGAAGCCGAGAUGUCCCACUUCUUUGACAUGGAGACUCAAUGCUUUAAGCUCGUGAGUCAUCAACACUGGAAUGCUGGUGCACAGAUGUUCAUUAACUACGGAGCCUUGUCGAAUCACAAGUUGCUGUCGUUGUACGGCUUCGUGAUCAUUGGCAACCUGUUCGAUGCUGUGGAUAUGUGGCUGCCCAUGGACGAAGCGUCCACCAAGUUUUAUCACGAGAAGGAGCAGUUGCUUCUUGUCAACGGACUGGAUCACGCUACCAACCCGUUCGAACUUGUGGCCGAAGAGACCAACGAUCUACUUCUGAUGGCUACACGGAUACAAGAGAUCGACUGUGACACAAUUGACGAGCUCGAGACGCUAGCGUACAAGGCGCUGGACGGAGAAGUGGUGAGCUUGGAGAACGAGCAGCAAGCUCUCACACGUCUCAUCUACACUCUGGAGCAGAUGCUGAAGGCGUUCCCGACCUCAAUCGAGGAGGACGACGAACUGCUGGGUCUCAACCACGAGCGGAUGGCAGUGGCAGUUCGUCGGUCGGAUAAGUACAUCCUCUCGGAAAACAUCAACAUGUUGAAGUGGAAACUCCUGGACAUUCUACCGAAGCAUUAG